CAAGUAGUGCUUUCGUCGAUAUGAAAGUUCGCGAAAAACUUGAGUUGAAGGCUUGUGGUCACGGGCUGAUUAAAUCACAUGAUGACUUGGCCAUGACGUAGAUGUCUGCAUUCAGCAGGUGAGACGAAGUGCAGCCUUGUUUGGGGAGGUGUUACAAGAAGAAGGCUUGAUAGUUCAAGCAUAAAGACCCUCGGAUUUCUGCUUUCUGCUUUCUGCUUUCUGCUUUCUGCUUUUCUGUUUAUGAUCUCUAUCAAAUCUUAUCUUAGAAGAAACAUCCAAGCAAAAUUACCAACAUCACAAAUCCACUUUUCAUCCAAUCCACAUCUCAAUAUGCCUCUCGUCGAUCCAAUCACCAACAGUGCUGCCGGUGGCGAUGAUAAGAAUCAACAGUGGUUGAACAAGUUGGCUGGGAAGAAAAUUGGUGAAGUUAGUAAUGAGACUGUAUGUUGAUUCAGAGCUUUAGUCAAGUAAUAUCGACUCAGUAUAUACUCUACUAACACUUCAUCGAUAGACUUUCGCAAAGCAAGAUCUUCCUGAAGAGCAUAGAAUCAUUGAGCCUGGCUCGAUGGUUACAAAGGAUUUCAAGGAGAACAGGUUAGCACCCAUGUUAUGUAGUGUGCAAAUCUCGAAAUACUAACCAUUAACUUAAAUUUAGACUCAACAUUCAUCUCAACGAAGAUGGAACUGUUUCUCACGUCAACCAUCAGUAGGAAGGGAGAAGGUUGUAUGGUGGGAAUAGAGCUUUUGAGUUUCGAGAGUGUAUUAUCCGAUGAAUUUUAAUGAAUAUUUAUGACAAUAUAUAAAUCUACUGAGA